UUAGAGCGCUUCAUGGCCUGGAAGGGUCCAGCCCCCCCUGCUCCCACGCCGGAUCCACCCCUACCCAAGCUUGAUUCAGAUGAGGAUUUCCACAUCACUGGCCCGAGGCAUAUGAUGACAAUUUCUCCGACAGAGACAAUUGAAAUAGAUUGGGACAAGGAGGAGCACCGCCGCUGCAUCACCGCCUGUCUUGUUAGAGGCACUUACGUUCUGGAGAGCGAGCGAACCAAGUCGCGCGAGGCCAGCGACGACACACGCGCGCCGGCGUGGUGGGAGAGCUUCCACUUCCGCAAGCUUUGCGUGCUCGAGUGUGAGUGCGAAUGCGUCUUCUGCCAGAUCGGCCGGCACAUCGUCGACAUCGACUUUGGAAGACAGCGCUUCAUCUACGGAGCCAUCUUCGAGUACGUGCCACCGGGCGGUUCGCCACGCCACCCGUCGGCUCCGAGCUACGUCGUCGCCUUCCGGGGCACCAUGCGACGGGACGCCACAACUGUGGGCGACAUGCGCCUCAACCUCAGAAUCCUGCUCAACGCGCACCACAGCUGCGGCCGCUUCAGCCAUGCGCGCGAAAAGGUCAGGGAAUUCCUGAACUCGACGGCCAUCCCCAAUGGCGGCUUGGUGUGGAUGGCGGGUCACUCGCUCGGCGCGUCCAUAGCUCUGGACGGGGGGCGUGAUAUGAUGGCCCAAAGGGAGUUGAACUUGAACAUCCCGACCUUCCUAUUCAACCCACCGCAUGUAUCGUUGGCCGCGGCGUUCAACAACGAGCUGCCCAUGGCGAAGGUGGCCAAGAUUGUUGUGACUUCCUCGAGCUACUUCUUCAAGCACGGACUGGGGACAGUUCUGAUGAAGCGCCACAAGGAGGACAUGGGGGAACAGUUCAAGCAGCUAUCGCCGUGGAUACCGAAUCUGUACGUGCACCGGCGGGACUUCAUCUGCAAGGGCUUCAUCGACUAUUUCGAGCAGCGGGAGCAGAUGCACAAGCUGUUGCCCGGCGUGGCCGCGUCGGGCACCACGCUGUCGUACCGGGACAUGUGCCUCUUUUUGUUCGGCAUGCACAAGGAACGGCCGCACCUCCUGCCAUCCGCAAUGCUGUGGGAGAACCAGAGCUCAGUUGGCAACCCGCACGAGCUCCGGCAGUGGUGGCUGCCACAAGGCCCGGAACUGGUGUUGAGCCGCAAGGCAUACAAAUGGCCUGCUUAGCAUUCAAUGCGGAUGGCCCGGAUACAGCGUCGAUGUUCGUAAUUUUAGUUUUAUGUUUUAUGACUUUGCAGAAAAUGUACUUGCA